AUGAACUGGCGCGAGAUCGAUCAGGUGCUCACCGAACUGAGGCUGCCCGGUGCCUUCAUCCGGGACGUCGCACAGACCGACGCGGCGACGCUGCUCUUUGCGCUGCACCGGCCGGGCGACCGGCAGCGGGGCAUCGGUCCCGCCCGGAUCACCCUGCUGUGCAGCUUCGCCGCCGGCGCCAGCCGGUUGCAUCGCACUACGGCACCCUUUCCGGCUCGCCGCGUGCCGACACCGCGCUUCGUGAGCUUCCUGCGCGCCCAUCUGGGCAACAGCCGUAUCGAUUCGGCACUGCAGCUUGCCACGGAGCGGAUCGUACGCAUCCGCUGCGGGGCGGGCGCGCGGCGCCGCAUCGUCUGGUUCCGCCUGUGGAGCGGCGCGUCGAACUGCCUGGUCACCGAUGAACGGGGCAUCAUCCUGGACGCGCUCUUCCGUCGACCGCAGCGCAGCGAGGUGGCCGGCGGCCGUUUCGACCCGUGCGCGGGGCUCGCACUCGGGCGGGCGCCGACCGCGCGUGGCGCCGAUCCGGACCGGUAUCAGCUGCGUCCCCUGGACGGCGACGGCGACUACAACGCGCGCCUCGACGCGCACUACCGGGCACGGGAACGGAUCGAACAGGGCAUGCGCGACGCACACACCGCCGGCCUCCGGUUCGAGGGCGAGCGGCAGCGCAUCGCCACCCGCAUCGUCCGGCUGCGGGCCGCCCUGAACCGCGCCACCGGCUACGAGACGCUGCGUGCCGCAGGCCAGACGAUCCUGGCCAACGCCCACCUCAUCGACCGCACGGCGACACGGCUGGCGGCGCCGGAUGGCGGCGACCCCAUCCCGCUCUUUCCGCGAUGGUCGCCGGCCGACAACGCACGCCGCUACUUCCUGGAGUACCGGCGGCAGCGCGCGGCGGUCGAGCGCCUGCAAACCGAGUUGGCCGAAAUGCGAAGCCGUUGGGAGGUGUUUCGCGCGCAGGGCCAUGGCCCGUUCCUGGAAGCCGUCGCGGCCGCAUCGACGCCGGCGCCGCGGCGCCCGUCUCGCGCCGCGGCGAUCGGUCCCGGCAGCCGCUACCACUCGGCCGGCUGGGUGCUGUGCGUCGGGCGGUCGGCCUCCGCCAACGACGCCAUCCUGCGUCACGCCGCCCGCGGCAACGACUACUGGUUCCACUGCCGCGACCACCCGGGAGCCCACUACGAACCGACGUGGAACGGCCAUUGCGGCUCGAUCUGGACACGAGCGCUGCUCGGCAUUCCCGCGGGGCCGCGGCACAACCAGUACAGCCUUGCCCAGCUCGGCGCGGUGGCUCAAUCGGACGGCUGGAUCGUCUCCGACUGCGACGCCGAGCAUCCGCCGACCAUUGAGGUCUGGCGCUUCGCGGGCUACCGGCAUUACCAGGAACAGGUGUACGUGGUCGGCCCGUGGGUCGACGGCGUCACCCUGGACGGGGCGCUCGCAGAGCCUCCGUCACGGACACGGAGCCGACGCCUGCUGCGGCUGGCGCGGGCACUGCAGGCGCUCGCCGAGCGGGUCGACUUCACCGGGCCGGUCCAGGGUGAUGCGGUGAUCUUCGCCGACGACGGCCGCCUGCUGUUCCUGCCGCCCACGGUGAUGGAACGCCUGAAUGGCGUGAAAUCGCCCGCCGAGCGACUGGCCAGGGUCGAGCGCUACCUCCACCCGCAUCGCCAGGGCCCCGACCAACUCGCGUUCGCGCUUGGCGUUGCGGUCUACCGGGUGCUGUGCGGCCGCUAUCCGUUCGACGGCGACUCGGAAGAAGACAUACACGACCGGGGCACGGCGGCCGUGCCGACCCUCUCCGCCUGGAGCGGGUUGCUCGGCGGUCGAGCCGCAGCGGAUGCCCUUGCCGAGCUUGGAGAUCCGCCGCCGGAGACGCUGAGCGCCGUGCAGUCCGAAACCGAACAGGCCGAACGCCGCUUUGCGCGCAACCGGUUCUUCAGCCGCAACUGGCGCCGCCUGCUCGGUUGGGGCGCCGGAGCGGCGGUCGCGCUGGCGAUCCUGGUGCCGAUCGUCGGACGCGCGCUGGCGCCGCCGGUCACGCGCGGACUCGAGGCGGCAGAGGUCGUCGAGCUGUUCUACGAAUCCAUCAAUACGAUGGACACCGAGCCGAUGGAGGACGCGGUCGAAGGCGACGCGGGCCGCGGACUGAUCAACGAAACCCUGCACAUGUUUCUGGAGUCCCGUAUGGCGCUGGCCAACCGCGGGGGCAGCAGAGUGGUGUCCGCGCCGGAGUGGGACGGCCUGGGCCGCCUCGAGGAUCCGCCGUUUCGCGUGUACGGCGUCACCGAUCUGGAGAUCCACGUGGAGCAGCGCCAGCCGCAGCCGGUCUUCAGGGCCCGCUACUACUUCUGGACGCCCAACCUCGAGGACAUGGUCAGCGAGACCGAACCACCGGGGGCGCUCGUCACCGAGCGGCUGUGGCUCCGGUGGAGUGGCAAGGACUGGGCGAUCGAGCGACUGGAGUCGAUCGAUCGCGAACCGAUACCUGCCUCCGCGCUCGAGGCGGAGGAUGCUUCCGGAGCCGAGGGCCAGGAAGGGGCGGCCAACUGA